AUGGACUCGGCUCCUCUUCUCCAAGGCGCCAACGGGCUUCCAGGCCCUGGUGUGAUGCAGGACCAUCCCGCCUUCCUCCGAGCAUGCCAUUCUCCCUGGCGGUUCAUUCCACAGAACGUUCUCGUCAUCCUCCGAGGCCUAGCCCUGGCAGCUCUGCUUGCCAUGGGCAUCGUGAUCCUCGACUACGAGAUCAAUGAACCGAGCGACUUCUCCGACUGGCGGAUCGUAUUCGACUUUGCCAACAUCAGCUUCUUCUUUGCCUUUCUGUACCAGCUGAUCGCCUUUUCAUGGACCUUCACCCACCUGUACUAUCCCCACUCUCACCACAUCGAUGGUUUCGAGGGCAUGCUCAUCCGAGCCAUGUCGUUGCCGAGGCACAUGUCCAGCCUCCGGAAGCAAUUCUACUUCACCAUGUUUUACACUACGACAGUGGUCUUUUCCUUCGCGAACUCGGCCAUCUACUUCUUCAUCACCCGUCAGCAUGAUGACGAUGACGCCGCUGGUGAACCCCAGCCUCCCACUCCUCCAAAUGGCACUACGAUCUGGGCAGGCGCCGUGAGAGCUGCCCCGGAGGCACCAUUGAGCGACAUCUUUGAUGAAGGAUCACUUCGCGCCUUUGUCAUCCUGGCCCUGUACGUGAUCGCACCUAUCAUCAUGGUGAUCGAGAUUCUUUGGCUCAACAGCAUUCGACGUCCAUAUGCAAUUGGAUUGCAUCUGCUGGGUCUCAUGGUCAAUGCGGCUAUCUACCUGGGGUGGGCGGCCUUUGGUCAUCUCGUCACCAACUGGUAUGCCUUCUUCUGGCUCGACAAGAGUGAGGUUGGCUCGGAUGAGGCAGUGACUCUGUACUCCAUCGGGUUUGUAUUCUUGGCUCCCAUCAUGUACAUCCUGAUGCAAGGCUUGGUCGGCAUUCGGGAAAGCAUGACACGAUCACUGUCCGAGGCCCGCGCCAUCGCUGCUGCGCAGGAGGCGCUUGAGAAUUGA